AUGGCUGCAUCUCUGUACGUCAGGGCAGGGGUCUUGUUUUCGGCGAGAACGUGCCUCGUGCCUACGUGCAUGGUGGGUAAACUCCGAGCCGAGAUCCAGGUAGAAGGCCCUCUCCGGCGGUUCCGUAGCGCGGGCAGUUGCGAGCCGAGAAACUCCAAGCAGUUGCAAGUUGAGACUCAGGUAGGCCCCCUCCGGCUGUUCUGCAGCGCGGGCAGCGGCGAAGCGAGUCUGUACUUGGCAUCCAUUGCUACCCAAGACGAGAUGCGCAUUCUGGGACCGGUGUCCGAUGCAUUGGGAUAUGGCUUUUUCCCGGAUUGUCCUAUGUGGGACUAUGGCGAUCAUGACCAUCCCACAACUACCGGUGCAGGACGAACCGGGCAAGGCGCAGGCCGCGGGAAAGAGGACGCGGUCGUCGAGCGGCAAGGAAAGCCAGCACAAUACUCCAAUCACGACGGCAAUCCUCCUACAUGGCAAUACGAGACGUCUGGGGCGGGCGUUGGUGGUCGUGGGCCGGUGUUCCAAUGCGUGCACAGUCUUGGGCGUUACACCCACCAAUCUUCUUGCCCUAGCAGCUCAGCCCGUCAUGCUAUGUUCAGGUUCAGCGAUUGUCGAAUUGCCGCGUUCGCCUGUGUCAGCAAAACGCGGCUCGACGCCGAGCUGUUGCAGCACACAUUGCCCGAAGCCCAGAUCUCACACGGCUGUACGCUCACAUCUCCUAGUACAGCUUCCUCGAGAUCUGAGCCUAGGCUCGAAGAUGAGCCUGCCUUCUGCUCGAGAAGCGUUUGGCUUGUGCUCAAGAACCGACCGAUAGUCUCCCACUUUGCCGAGAAAUCUUGCGACAUGCAUCCCGAAUCUGGCAAUCGUGGAUAUCAUGUUCGGCAAAUUUACAUCGUAGUGGCGAUCAACUCGGUUGGCUCGGCGGGGAAACUGUGCUCAGGAAUGCUUGGGAUUUCACCUAAUUGUUCCUCGAUGGCUGGCACAGGUUCGUUCCCAUCCCCGGUGGGGUACAAAAGCUCCGCUGCUGGUUGCACUUCGAGAGCCGGCUCUUCCAAUGUGUUUCCAACUGCUUUGAUGGAGGGACUGUAAAAAGCCUGAUCAAAGUCGAUGGUGAAAUGAACGGCUUUAAUCGCGGAUCUGUCAGCGGCAUCGACUGCAGAGUAACCCAGGGCAUCUUACUGUAGUUCAUGCCAAUAGUGGACGGCCCUUCUUGUC